AUGGAUGAUGACGACGGAAUGCCCGGGUUGGAGGAUGCUCCAACCGACUGGGAAGCAUGGAUGCAGAAUGGGAAGAAGAGAGAACCAUCACAACUUCUUGAUGGAAACCCGCCGAUGCCUGUGCUACCAACAUCAUUUAAUGCUCCAGCACCAUCAGAAUGGUCAACUUAUAUGCAUUCCACUUUGAAUUCUCAACAGAAAGAACCAACCCAGGUUUAUAACUCCUCACCGGAAAUGGCAAACUACUUGCCUUCACUUUCUAAUCAAAACUUGAAAAAAGGAACACCAUGUGAAGCUUGGUCCACUGGUAUACCUGCGACUUUCAAUGGAAUGUCAAGCGGAACAUCAUUCAAUGGAAGUUCACCAUGGGCAAUUCCUCAACUCUCAAACGCGCAAAAGUGUGACAAUGUUAGUUCUGAAGGUACUAACCCAUUAACAAGGUGUAUGCCACCGAUGCCUACAGUAGGCCCGGAUAAUAUGGUUCUUUCAAAACCGAGAAAAGGUGGUCAGCGGAGACCUCGUGAGCCAAAAACUUCGUCCAAUGGAAAUUCAAGAUGUGUACCUUAUGGAUAUUCAGCAAUAACUGCUACUCAUCAAAACACACUAACUUCUCAAAUGAUGAUUGGAGGGCCGAGCACUGUAAACAUUCAACAAUUCUGUAAAGUGCUAACUGGAAAGGAGGAAGCUCUGCCUCCCCCUGAAACUCUCUCAGUGCUAAAAGUGGUUCCAUUUGCCGCGGAUGGAAAUCAGUUCUCAGUCAACAAGAUCGAUAAAAAAAGUCCCCCAUUCUGGGAGACUAUCAACGUGGACGUUGCGGUGUUCUACACUAUGGAAGUGAUGAGAAACCCUGACUCCACUGUGGAUGAAUUGAUUUUCGGAGAGUGCCCAGCUAUCAAAUUGAACAAGAAUGUGGCAGAGGAGGAAGAGCUCCACAUGCGGAUAUAUUUCGAUAUACUUAUCAUGUUCAUCAAGAGACAUGAACAUGAGACUAAUACCCGAGUCCAAUUGAAAGUGUCACAUUUGACCUGGAAUCUCAAUGUUUGUACGGAUCACAUUCUAAAGAUCAUGACUUAUCUGGAUCCCAACUACCUUCGGACAUUGCAUCUCACUGGAAAAAAAAUUUCUACUCAAGCUCUUCAGUUAAUGAUUGGAAGUCCUUACUGGCAGAGAUUGACGGAGAUUAAGAUAAAUGGGCCGACUCGGUUGACACUUCGGAGUUUCUAUCAUUGCAAUACAGUGAAUAUUCAAAUCAAGGAGUUGCAUCCGGUGGAAUUGACUAAUUUUAUUAAGAACUACCACGCCAAGAACCUUCUCUACGCCCCCAACACCCGCCAGCCUUACUUCUUCAUCAUCAGAUCCGCCCGUUUGAAGAGUGAAGCGUUCAUUCAACAAGUCUUCAACUAUUUCGACCAGCAGAAGAUAGCAGAGCAAUACGAAACUGAUGCCACCUUCAUGUACAAAAUGAAUGUGUUCAAAUUCCUCAGUCCACACAAUGAGACGGAGGAAAUGUGCAAGGUUGUCUAUAGCCAUGCAGGGAAAAUCAAUGGAUACUCGUGUCCGAAGAUUGGUGUGACCGAGUCGUUUAUGCAUUUCGAUUCGGAUAUUUUGCAGACUUUUUUCGAUGUCGAUGAGAGUUAG